UGGACUUAUACCCGGGUCAGCUGAGUUGGUUUAGUUGGCACACAAUCCGGUUUCACCAUCAAUAUAGUAUUGUGUUACAGUGGAAAAGUACAGAGAGGACGUUAAGAAGGAAGACGCUGUAAUGUUAUUCACAAAAUGAAUGACGGAAUGAUCACAUUUGCCUUUGGCGAUAACGUACAGCACUGGAAAGGUACUUUUUUGAAACCAGGGUUUUUUUUUCCCCUCUCAGCUACAACUUAUCCACGGAUCAAAAUUCUGUUCAUGACCCAAAACCAAUUUAAUUAAUAGUGAAAGGCUCUUAUUUUAUUUGAACCUGUCUGCGGGGUUUGGUGAAAAUGACUGGAGAGGCCAAACAGGGUAUUGGGUGGGAACAGUCUACCCAAGAGAGCAACCUGGAGGAGAAAGGGGACUUGGUCGCUGAACGUGGCCAGUGGGAGAACAAGCUGGAGUUCUUGCUUGCUGUGGCAGGAACCUUGGUAGGACUGGGGAAUCUAUGGCGGUUCCCCUACCUGUGUUACAAAAACGGCGGCGGCGCAUUCCUGAUUCCAUAUGUGUUCUUCCUGCUUACCUGUGGGAUCCCCAUGUUCCUCCUGGAGACCGCAAUGGGACAGUACACUGCACAAGGCUGCAUCACCUGCUGGAGAUACUUCUGCCCCCUUUUCGAAGGGAUUGGCUAUGGAACUCAGGUGGUCAUCAUCUAUGCUGCAGUGUCUUACAUCAUCAUUCAGGCCUGGGCCUUCUUCUACCUCUACUUCUCCUUCUCCGCCGAGGUGCCGUGGGACAGCUGUGGAAACACCUGGAACACAGAUCUGUGUGUGGACUUUAAUAAGCGAAACAUCUCAUCUAACUGGACAGUUCCUGAAAAUGCCACAACUCCUGCUACUGAAUUCUGGGAGAGGCGGGUGUUGAAUAUCUCCGGAGGGAUUGAGCAGAUCGGGGCUCUUCGAUGGGAGCUGGUAGUGGGCCUAGUGCUGGCCUGGAUCCUGUGCUACUUCUGUGUAUGGAAGGGAGUAAAGAGCACUGGAAAGGUGGUGUACUUCACCGCGACUUUCCCCUACGUGAUGCUGGUGGCACUGCUGGUCCGAGGGCUCACCCUGCCUGGAGCCAUCAACGGCAUCAGAUUUUACCUGUACCCAGACCCGACCCGGCUCAUUGACCCUCAGGUUUGGAUGGAUGCAGGGGCACAGGUGUUGUUUUCCUUUGGCAUCUGUCAGGGGACCCUGACUGCAUUAGGCAGUUACAAUCAAUUCAAAAAUGACUGCUACAGGGACACGUUCUUGCUCUGUCUGGUGAAUGGUGCAUCCAGUUUCAUUGCUGGAUUUGCCACAUUCUCAGUGCUGGGCUUCAUGUCAUUUCAGCAGGGGCUGCCCAUAUCUGAAGUUGCUGCAUCCGGGCCUGGCCUGGCCUUCAUCACAUACCCUCGUGCUGUGGCCAUGAUGCCCCUCCCCCAGCUGUGGGCGGUCUGUUUCUUCAUCAUGGUCAUCCUAUUGGGUGCUGACACACAGUUUGUGUGUCUGGAGUGCCUGAUGACCUCUGUGACUGACAUGUUUCCUGAUGUCUUCCGGCGGGGUCACCAGCGCGAGCUGCUGCUGCUGGGCAUGUGUAUUACCUGCUUCCUUUUGGGGCUCUUCAUGGUCACUGAGGGAGGCCUGUAUGUUCUACAGCUGUUUGACCACUAUGUGUGCAGUGGCAGCAACCUCCUCCUCCUGGCAGUGUGUCAAUCCAUUGGGAUGGGAUGGAUCUACAGUGCCGAUCGCCUGUAUGACAACAUCGAGGACAUGAUUGGCUAUCGGCCCCUGCCUCUGAUUAAAUACUGCUGGCUCUAUGUGACCCCAGUGGUCUGCGCGGGCACUUUUAUCUUAUCUUUGGUGAGAUACCAACCCCUGAAAUUCAACCUGACAUACGUAUACCCAGACUGGGCGUAUGUGCUGGGAUGGUCCCUGGGUCUCUUCUCCGUAUUGCUGGUACCCUUUUGGAUCAUCUUUAAAAUCGCUCAGUCCAAAGAGACUGUGUGGCAGUGCCUCAGACAGUUGUGUCAGCCUGACAACCACCUGAAUUUGAACCAGAAGCACACUGCUGAGGGACGCCCUUUGAACCCUGACCCCACUGGGACAACUUCCUCAAAGGAGUACGACAGACGUGGACCAGUUGAGCUCGAGUUGCAGCUGCCGGUGAGCGUUUGGAUGGAAGGGGGCACUGUGCUCUGAGAAGGUCUCCGUGUGCAAUGCCCAACACAGCCCCCAUCCCCUCUGCGGCUGUGGGCCCACCUGCAUUCCUCUCCCCCAGAGAUACUCCUGCCAGUGUCCCCAGGGCAUCGCCUGACAGUACUGGCAAGAAGAAACUAAUCCUGAACAAAAUCUGGUCGAAACGUAACAGUGGGGGAUCUCCUGGCAAAUGACCCAACCUCAGAACUGUGGUCCAUCUUUACUCGCUACGUACUUCAGCUCUGGCCUUCAGCAGAAAGCGCUGGUUGUCCUUCAGCACUGUUGGGGGACAGAACAGACCUGCAGCUGCAGUUCCAGGCUCGGUCACCAGAGGGCAUCACGUUCUACGCAGCGCAGCAUCUCGGUGUUCGAGCAGGUGGGCUGGCUCUAAACCGGCUGCAGGGGCAUAAAGAUUCAUGUGCGGGAGUCUGCUUCUGUGUGUCUCUGAGAUCCAGCCUCGUCCUGCUGCGCUACAGCCUCUGGGACACAGUGGACGGCGUUUGUCCGGGCGGAUACCAGCGGCGGGAAGUGGCAUACGGUGCGGGCGGGCCGCUGCGGGAGCCGAGGCAACCUGACGCUGGAUGCGGUGGUGGCCAAGGUGCGGGGGGAAUGCCCGGGGGGCAUGACCGCGCUCGAUGCAUCCAUGGACGUUUUCGUUGGGGCGUCCCCUCCCUAACCGCUGUUCCCGGCUGCACGGUGGGGAGCACGGCUUCAGAGUUCAGCGGGCGUGUCCGAGAGGCAGUGCAGAACGGGCGACAGUUGGGGCUCCGGCAGACGCUCUUUUCCCAGCAGUGUUCAGUUUCUACAGGACUCGGAGGGUUUCAAUGUUCACGCCGAUGAAGUGUCAUGAAGAAACAUCUCUGUUGCUGACUGAGAAACUGAAAUUAUUCCACAAAUAUACAUUUUUCCUUUUUAAAAAUAUAUAUUCAUGCACUGCAAUGAAAAA